AUGGGGUUUGGAAAUCAGCUGUCUUUACUUUUGUGGAAAAACUUCACUUUGAGAUGGCGUCAAAAGUACCGUGUGAUUGCGGAGGUGUUGGCCCCCCUUAUCCUACUCUUUGUACUUGUGGGAGUACGUACUCGCCCGGAUCUCAAGUGGAACCACCCAGAAUGUCACUUUGAUGGCAAGUCCAUGCCGAGUGUGGGUAUUGUGCCUUUCCUACAGUCGUUCUUCUGUACCUUCAACAACACGUGCUACGAGAAUGUCACUCCAAAUGAAAUGGCGGGAAACACAGAUGACUACAAAGAUUCUUUGAUGACAAAGUUGGUUGAAGAUAUCACAGAUGUCCUCAACAAUAACAUGGACCGGAAACUGAUCCUUGAUCUGAUAGGAACCUGGGAUAUUAUCAGCUCCCUGUCUGCUAAAAUCCUCAACGGCUCCACAAAAGGCCAUGUUAAAGUGCUGAGCCUUUUUAAGAAUCCUCGAGAGCUUGUUCAGGAAAUCGUGAACAAUAGCAUCACUUUGUCAGAGGGGGCUUUAGUGCACCUUCUUAAUGCAUCAAUAGAUUUCGGUCAGUUCAAUCGUCCACACCUUAGCGAUGUUUUGCGUGACUUCGAAGUUUGUCCCAGGGUUGGUAAGUCUGUUGGACCAAAGAAAUCUGCAGCGCAGGUUCGUGACUUUGUGUGUUCCUCAGAUUCCAUGCUAGAGUCAUUCAGGUUCAAGGACGUUGCUGCCCGACGUACAGUUCAGGCCGAACUUUGUCGCAUACCUGAAGCACAACUUGUCAGUUUGUAUGACCUCUUCAAAAACAAAUACAGCAUCCAACAUUUCAUAUUUCAAGUUUUGAGGUUUGUUUUUCUCAAUACUGGAAAAAUACCAAACGUUACUAAAAUCUACGGAAAGUUGAAAGGCUUAUUCAAAGAUGUAAAGGAUCUGGACUCUACAGAUGCAGCCACUUUCGAGAAGCCAAUUCAAGACCUCAUAGCAUUUUUUUCAAAGACCGGAAAGCCUAGCCCAGAAGUGAUAAUGGAACAAAUGGGAAAGUUUGUCUGUGGGAGAAACUCCUUCAUGCAAAUGACAUCAACUAAGUCAAAGGAUAUUCUAGAUCGAUUUAAUUCCUUCAAACGGCCAGACAUCAAGGAUGACAAGGACAAGGGGGGGAAUGAUUAUGGACCGAACUCGCCGGUUUGUAUGGAGUUGGUGGAGUUGAUGAAUGCCAAUAUAAACACACAAAUCUUAUGGAAACAUCUGCGCCCAGUUGUCCUGGGAAAGAUUCCCUACGCACCGGACACUGCAGCUGUCAGGGAAAUUAUCAAGGGGGCCAACCGGACAUUUAGUGACCUGGCAAGGAUGGUGAAACUGGCUGAAGACUGGGAGGAUUAUGCCGAGUACCUUGAGAAGUAUCUCAAGACUAGUCCCACCAUGGAUAUGAUCCGGGCGUUUGCAUCGUCGUGUUUGUGCGAUAUCUUGGAGAGCAAGACAAUGAACCUGAUCAAGUCAAAAACAAAAUCCAAGAAUGUGUGUCGGUUCCUACAGACCUACCUCAGUAAGGACCCAAAGGCCGACGGCAACUUUGACUGGGAGAAGACUCUCCAUUACACCAAGAUAUUUGCCCGAGUAGUGGCUGAGUAUGGCAAGUGUUUCCAGUUUGACAAGUUUGUUGGUUACUCCUCGGAGGACGAGCUCAUUGAGAACAGCCUCGACAUGAUUGAGGCUGACAACUUUUGGGGAGCCCUGGUGUUUGACGUGAAGCCUGGAGCAGAUCCGCUCCCUACCCAUCUCUCAUACAAAAUCAGGAUGGACACCACCAAAGUGGACGACACUAAACGCGUUACUGACAAGUAUUGGCGCCCUGGCCCCCGGAGACGUGCGGGAAUGGAGACUAAAUAUCUGACGUACGGUUUCGCCUACCUACAGGACAUGGUGGAUCAUGCUAUUAUCAAGUACCAAACAGGACGUGAGGAUGAUACAGGCGUCAUUCUCCAGCAGUUCCCCUAUCCUUGCUAUGUAGAGGACUCGUUUAUGGAAGUGGUCUCCAAGACGUUGCCGCUGUUCCUCGUCCUGGCCUGGAUCUUCCCCGUAGCCCUGCUGUGUAAGAACAUCGUGUACGAAAAGGAGAAACGACUGAAGGAGAUGAUGAAGAUUAUGGGACUAGGGAACGGUGUCCACUGGAUGGCCUGGUUCAUCAACGCCUUCGUCACAAUGUUCAUCACCGUCAGCUUGCUGGUUAUCAUUUGUAAGUAUGGGAAGAUCAUACAACAAUCUGACCCUGUGAUUCUGCUGCUGUUCUUCACCUCCUUCGGUGUGGCUACCAUCAGCAUGGUGUUCAUGAUCAGCGUGUGUUUCUCCCAGGCCAACCUGGCCGCCUGCUCAGCAGGCUUCAUCUACUUCAUCAUGUACCAGCCAUACAGCUUUGCUAAACGCUGGGAGGAUGUCCUCAGCGGUUGGAAUAAGAUGAGUGUGUGUUUCUCGUCAAAUGUGGCGUUUGGGUUUGGCUGUACCUACAUUGCACGGUUUGAAGAACAGAACAUUGGAGUACAAUGGAGUAACAUUGCCAAGACCCCUCUGGUGGACGAUGAGUUCAGCAUGCUUUACUGCAUCCUCAUGUUGUGGUUGGACGCCAUCUUGUACGGACUUAUCACUUGGUACAUAGAGGCCGUUUUCCCAGGACAAUAUGGGAUCCCUCGACCAUUUUAUUUCUUUUUUCUCAGGUCUUACUGGUGUGGUACUGGAAACAGAAAGGUCAAAGGUGAAGGUGGAGAGGAAGAGGAAGAAGAAUCUACAUAUGAGCCUGAACCAGUUACAGGCAUCAACAUGGAAGACGAACCAAUGGGGCGUCCCCUUGGAGUGUCAAUCAGAAAUCUCAGGAAAGCCUAUGGAAAAAAGAUGGCAGUUGAUGGUCUUAGCAUCAACUUCUACGAAGGUCAAAUUACAUCAUUUCUGGGUCACAACGGUGCAGGCAAAACCACCACAAUGUCGAUACUGACAGGCUUGUUCCCACCGACUGAGGGUACGGCCUACGUCUAUGGGAAGGACAUCACCACCCACAUGGAGGACAUCCGAUCGAGUCUGGGGUUAUGUCCGCAGUAUAACGCCCUCUUCCCUUAUUUGACUUUGAAAGAACAUCUGUGGUUCUAUGCACGGCUGAAGGGGCUGACCAACGUCCAGGCCAAGGCCGAGGCCAAACAGUUGAUACAGGACAUAAAGCUACCCCACAAGAAACAUGCCUUUCCUAAAAUGCUCUCAGGUGGUAUGAAAAGGAAGCUCUCUGUUGCUAUAGCGUUCGUUGGAAAUGCCAAGACUGUGAUCCUGGAUGAGCCAACGGCAGGUGUUGAUCCUUAUGCCAGGCGGUCGAUCUGGGAACUCCUACUUAAGUUCAAAAAAAACCGUACAAUCCUGUUGUCAACUCACCACAUGGAUGAAGCCGACGUCCUCGGAGACAGGAUAGCGAUCAUCUCACAGGGAAAGCUCUGCUGUUGUGGCUCCAGCCUCUUCCUCAAGUCUCUCUACGGUAACGGCUACUACAUGACUCUGGUGCGGGAGGGUGCGGAGGAAAUAGACGAGGAAAACGACGAGUACGAGAUGAUAUAUGAAAAUGUCCUGCCAUUAUUGAAGCCAAAACGGAGAGAGGGUCGUCUAGAUGUGGAUGAAGGAUUUGCAGAAAGGUCUAAUGAUAAUGACAUUUCUUUUCUGAUGCCGACUCCCCCGCCUGAUGGUGAUCUGAAACCAGCAUUUUCUGAGAAGCGAUUGACAGCCUUUAUAAACAAAUUUGUGAUUGAGGCAAAGCUUGUGGAGAGCAACAAGUCAGAGCUUACGUACCAGCUGCCAGACUACGGCCCACAGACGGGCGAUUUUGUGUUUAUGUUCCAAGAACUGGAACGCUGUCAUAAAGACAUGGGCAUUUCCAGCUUCGGAAUCUCAGAUACCAGUCUGGAAGAGGUGUUCCUGAAAGUGGCAGAAACUGCUGAUGAGAAUGACAAGGAGACAAUAAAAAACCCAAAUGACGAGGUAAAGAGGAAGAGACUAGAGGAAGUAUCUGAUGGUGGGCGUGUACCUAGACCUGUCACUCAGAUGAGUUUCCGUAGAAACAAGCGUCAAUCAUUCCUGAGAGUAACGCAAAGACAACAGUUACAGGAGAUACAGGAACAAGAAGUUCAGCAACAGAUGGAAAACCCUAUAGAAACAAGGGAGGAAGUGGUAUAUCUAGAUCUAGACGGCAUUGUAAACCCCUUAGGGUGGGGACAAGUUGGGAGGAACCUUUUCUCAAUGUUUGUCUGUGGCGUUGUAUUCUUCCUGCUUAACAUCCUAAUAGAACAUAACUUCUUCAUUCAUAAAAAGGUAGGACCAACUCCCGAGGAGGAGGUGGAGGACGAAGAUCAGGAUGUCGCCCGGGAGAGGGCACGGGUCCUCUCAGAGGAAGGGGAGAAUGACAUCAUUCGGAUAGACAACCUCACCAAGGUGUACAAGGUGCCGGGUGGCAAGGGACGCCAUGUUGCCGUGGAUAGGCUCUGUCUUGGUGUGCCAAAAGGACAGUGCUUCGGACUGCUGGGUGUUAAUGGAGCAGGCAAGACCACAACCUUCAAAAUGUUGACUGGCUACCUGGGAAUGACUCAUGGAAAUGCCUACAUCAAUGGAUUCAGUAUUGUUACGGCGGUGAAGGAGGUCCGACGCAGCAUCGGUUACUGCCCCCAGUUUGAUGCCUUUGACCCGCUAAUGACUGCCAGGGAAGUGCUCUACUUCUUUGCCAGGAUUAAAGGGAUCCCUUCAUCAGAUCUCAAAGAUGUUGUAGACUGGGCCAUCACCAAGCUGGGACUGACGCAAUACGCUGACAAACCUUCAGGAACCUACUCCGGGGGAAAUCGCCGCAAACUCUCAACCGCCAUAGCUCUCAUAGGCAAUCCUUCCGUUAUAUUUCUGGAUGAGCCGACAGCAGGCAUGGACCCAGGAGCCAGGCGAUUUCUAUGGAACUGCAUUAACAAUAUUGUCAAAGAUGGCCGCUCCGUCAUCCUAACUUCACACAGUAUGGAGGAGUGUGAAGCCCUGUGUAGCAGACUGGCCAUUAUGGUGAACGGGCGAUUUAGAGGCAUUGGUAGUAUACAGCAUCUCAAAACCAGGUUCGGGAAUGGUUACAUAGUGAUAGUGCGAAUAGCUGGGGAUCGCCCCGACCUGGAUAUAGUGGACAGCUUUAUAACGGAAACUUUUCCGUCUGCCAACCUCCGGGAGAGGCAUCACAACAUGCUACAGUACCAGCUGGGAUCUGAAGUACCACUGUCCCACAUCUUCUCUGAGAUAGAGGCUGUCAGGGAGAGCUUCAACAUAGAGGAUUACUCAGUCUCCCAGACAACGCUCGACCAGGUGUUCAUAAACUUUGCCAAAAUGCAGACAGAUUCUUUGGACAGUGAAGCAGCUACAGCAGAAUCGGAGGAUACCACAGAUGGAUUACAACACGACAACUUAAGUCGCGCAACAAGUAUGACGACUGUAAACAUGGACAGGAGAAUGAGUUCAUCCACACUAGGGGGCGCUAGUAGUGCAGAGGUAGUGGGUGAUGGUUACUCCACCAUCGCGGCUGUGCCACCAAGGGAUGGAACAAACAGCGAGGGCUACACCACUAUUAAGGAGUUGAGCAGUCCUGUCAAAUAUGCAGCACCUGCACCUCGACUAAAACGCAAACCCAGAGUACUAGAGUCUCACAAUGAUAACAAUAAGGACGACGGAUUCAAUAUAUAGAGGCAAAAUGUGGUGUGUUCUGUUAAAAAAACAGAAAUAUAUCUGUUGUAAAUUUUAGUUUUGUAUGUCGCAGACAUUAAACUGAAAUGAGACGUACUUCCACAAAUGAACAAUGAAUGACUGGACUUUUGUGUCUUCACUGCCUGGUGGUCUACAGAACUAAAACAGAUUACCUGGUGGUCUACAGAACUAGAACAGAUUACCUGGUGGUCUACAGAACUAGAACAGAUUACCUGGUAGUCUACAGAACUAGAACUGAUUACCUGGUGGUCUACAGAACUAGAACAGAUUACUGGUGGUCUACAGAACUAGAACAGAUUACCUGGUGGUCUACGGAACUAAAACAGAUUACCUGGUGGUCUACAUGACUAGAACAGAUUACCUGGUGGUCUACAGAACUAGAACAGAUUACGUGGUGGUCUACAGAACUAGAACAUAUUACUGGUGGUCUACAGAACUAGAACCAAUACCAGGAGGUCUACAUAACUAGAACAGAUUACCUGGUGGUCUACAGAAGUAGAACAGAUUACCUGGUGGUCUACGGAACUAAAACAGAUUGCCUGGUGGUCUACAGAAC